UUUAAUUAGUAAACAUUGCUCAUAAUUUUUAAGGUAGUAAAAAUGUUUAUCACCGCUUUACAAAGCUCGAGCAUGUGUCCCGAAAUAAUAUUUAUAUUAAGUGGGAAAAGAAAAUCGGGAAAGGACUAUGUCGCUAACUUGAUGGUUCAGAAAUUAACUGCUGUGAGAUGUGGGAUUAUGCGUUUGUCAAGUCCUAUAAAGUUUCAAUAUGCUAAAGAAAACAAACUACUGUAUGAAAAAUUGAAUGAUUCUUCAGAAUAUAAAGAGAAGUACCGAAUUGAGAUGAUAAAAUUUGGAGAGGAAAAGAGAAACAUUGACCCAGGUUAUUUCUGCAAGUUAGCUACAUCUGAAGAAUAUGGAACUGAGUGUAAGAAACCUAUCUGGAUUAUUAGUGAUGCUCGUAGACAAACUGAUGUAGACUACUUCUUGCAGAAAUAUACAGAUCGAGUGCAAACUGUCCGAAUUACUGCCACUGAAGAAAUAAGAAAAGAAAGAGGAUAUAUAUUUACAAAAGGUGUCGAUGAUGCUGCCUCGGAAUGUGGUCUGGAUGCUGUGGAACAUUGGGACUUUAUAAUUGAUAACUGCGGAGACAGUAACCAACUUAAUUCUCAAAUUGAUAAAAUGAUUGCUAUAACUUUUGAGAAACUUAAAUAAACCAAUUUUGUUUCUUGGAUUUAUAUCUCCGAGAGAUUCUUUUUUGGAACAGCAACCAGGAAACAGAUAAAAGCUAUAAAUAAUGGCCUGUAAAUAUUAGGUUAAAAAUAAGUUUUAUAUACAGGGUGAUUCAAAAAUCUCCAUACAUAGGAAAAAUUUAUUUUUUUAUAAGUAAGUUUAUAUGAUCCCCCUAGAUUCCCUGAUCUGACCCCUCUUGAUUUCUAUCUUUGGGGGCAUUUGAAAGAACGCAUCACCAACUCAUUUGCUCAGGUAUCACCAGAUGUGCUAUUACUAGUUCACAACGAGUGGGGUAAACGUAUUGCAAUGUGUAUUCAAAACAAUGGCAACCAUAUAGAAUAGAACCUGUUAAAUAAAAAAAAAGCCUGUUCUUAUAAACUAUUUCUUAUAAAAAAAUAAAUUGUUCCUAUGUAUGGCGCCUUUUGAAUCAACCUGUAUAUAAAUAUAUAUAUAUAUAUAUCAUGUUUUUGUGAUUUUUCUUUUUUGUGUGUGUAUGGUGGGGUUUUAGUUUUUACAAACACUAUUAUAAGCUCCUGUAGAGGCUGAAUCUAAAACUUUAUUACUAUUUUUUACAACUACAAUAAAUAAUAAUAACAAUAACAACAACAACAGUAAUAUUUUUUUAUUAACCACAAAGCCUGACAAAACGCUCGAUGAUGGUAAAGGACAAUACAGUGUGGUAUUAACAGUGUGAUUUUAUAUUAAAAUGUGUAAUCAAGAGAAACAU